AGGGCAGUAGUAAAGAAAGUGGUUUAUUUCGUGUUGGCUACGCGGGAGACUGACAUCAUGAUAUUAAGCGAUAUUAAUAUACCAAUUAUUUUCGUAAUAAACGAAUUGUAUUGCGUAAAAUAAAUUUUUAGAUUUAGGUGAAAGUACCGGCUAUGAUACAGGAAUGAAGAUGGAUGUAAAAUUGAAAAUUUUCACGUUAAAUUGUUGGGGCAUUGUGGGGAUAAGCAGGCACAGGAAACAGCGGAUGGAAGCUAUUGCAUCUCACAUCGCAUCAUCAAAUUAUGAUUUUGUGUUUCUUCAGGAGGUAUGGAAUGACAAAGACUUCCAAUUAAUAUGCAAGAAAGCUGCUGCUGUUCUUCCCUUUUCACAUUAUUUUCAUAGUGGUGUGCUUGGCAGUGGUGUUUGUAUACUUUCCAAAAAUUGCAUUGUUGAUGUUGCACAGUUUCAGUAUGCUCUGAAUGGAUAUGCUCAUAAAAUUCUCCAUGGGGACUGGUAUGGAGGCAAGGUUGUAGGAUUAUGCAAGGUCAUUCAUCAUGGUUUGAAAAUAAAUUUGUAUGUAACUCAUUUGCAUGCUGAAUAUGAUGCCUUUCAUGACCAGUACUUGCCGCACAGAGUUGCUCAAGCAUUUGAAUUCAGUCAGUUUGUGCAACUUACCUCAGAAACAGCUGAUUUAAGCAUAGUAGCUGGUGACUUUAACACAGAACCUACUGAUUUGCCAUAUAAAGUAAUUAUUCACAAUGCAGGAUGUGUUGAUACCUAUCUCAGCCAGAAAAACCCUGAUCUUUUGAAUUGCAGCACAAUAAAGACAACAUGUGGACAUCCUGAUAAUUUAUAUACCAGCCGAAAAGAAAUUAAUCAUUGUCCGACUGGCAAGAGGAUUGAUUACAUUUUAUACAAAUGUGGUACUGGCACACGUGCAGAAUGUUUGACAUGUGAUACACCAUUAGGAAAAAUUCCAGGUUCAUCUAUUCCUUACUCUGAUCACGAAGCUGUGGUUGCCACUUUACACAUUUUCAAGUCUAUUGAAGCACAAAUUCAGCAGUCAAAUCCAAGGGCCAGGCUGGAAGCUAUAGAUAGUAGUCAUACCAUUCUACAAAAAAGUCUCAAAGAACUUCAUAACAGUCGUCUUAUGUAUUUUAUUCUGAGUUGCCUUUUAAUGGCUCUUCUUCUGGUAACUACACUUAUAGAGGACAUUGGUGUUUUUGGCAUACUUAUUCUAUUCUUUCAGUUCAUUGCUACAUUUGUUCUUGCCUUUUGUUUAUGGAUGGCACUUAUAAUCAAUAAAAUUGAGUAUAGUGCUUUGGUUUCAGCUUGUAAAGCAAUGGGUAUUUUAACAAAUUCAUUGAUGAAUGAAUACAAUUUGAAACUUAAUACAGAAUAUCCUGUUUCAUCAUCACAAAUUAUUUUAUGAAAAUGCUCCUGAAUAUGUUUUAGGAAAUAUAUAUUAUAUGCCAUGCAUAUCUUAAUUACUGCUCAUUGAAUGUAAAGAUACAGCUGUUAAUAAAUCGUCAACUGUUAAUGAUAGAUAUAAUAUAAUAAAUUAAUGCACUCAAAGGAUAAUGUGUGUGAUGUGAAUGUUUCAAAUUAAGGAAAGGUUAGAGAUUAGAUCAACAAAUAUUUAAGUACAUUAAAAUCAGAUUCUAAUAUCAAUACAAUAUGAUUUUUGUGUUCCUCUUGCAUGUAUUAUAUUUAUUGUAAUUUGAUGUAUGAUAUUUCAGUAUUUUAAAUUUCAUUAAUACAUUUUUAUAUUACUUAAGUUCGAUGAAAAUUCAUUAUAAAAAUUAUAUCAUUUAAGGAUUUCUUAAUAGCCUGUGUUUAAGUAUGAUUAAUUUUGAAAAAUUAGAUAACUUAAGUUAAUAGAGAAUUAUUACAUAAGUUAUUUUAAAUCAUUCUUCCAAUUAAUAUUUGUGCAUUUGAUCAUUUUAAAUUUCUCAUGCAAAUUAUUGUAUGAGAAUGUUUUUACGAGCUGGCUAAAAUUAGUUUUAUUUUGUAAGCUAUAUAAAAUAGAAGUAAUAUAAAUAAAUAGAUAUGAAUAUAUUGAUUUAUUUAAAGAUAUAGACAGAAAGAUAAAUAAUCUAUAUUUUGCUAAUUGAAAACUAAUAUACAUAUCCAAACUUAAAACAGAAUUUACACAAUGAUAUUUUUUCAUGCUGUGGCAGUGUUAUAAUGAUUUUUCCAAAUCAGCAGAGCAGUUAAUAUUAUAUUGUUUUAACUGACUGUUGAAAAAUUCUUUUGAUAACUCUUAUAUUGGAUUUUGGUUGGUAUUGAUUCUACAGUUUUAAAGUUUACUUUUACAGUAAUACAAAUGUGCAUUAACGGUUUGCUUGGGUAAUAUGCCAUGUAAUUUUCAAUAAAAUUUCAUAGUACCUUGCUGUGAAAUUCUAAUAAUCAGAAUAUAAAUAAUUUAUUUUAAAAAAUGCCACAAAAAUAUUUAAUUGUACAGUGAUGCAUGAUACUGUGUGAUUUAUAUCCAAAACUGAAUGUGCUGCUUUAAAUUGUUACAAAAGUCAGAAAUAUUUCCAAUUUUGCAUCAGAUAUUGAACUAAAACAGAUUUAAGCACUGCAUUUCUACAAAAUUUCAAGAAAUUUUGUGUGCAUUCUACACUAAUGUGAAAAAAUUAUUACUUAGCAAUCUUAUAAUCUUAAUAAAAAUAAAAUUUUUGAAAAAGAUUAAAAAAAAACACCUUAAUUUGUAAUUAUUGAGAAAAGCAGCUUUUUAACUCAAAUGCAGAUUUUUUUCCUAUGGAAUAUUAAAAUAUAAGUACAUAUACUCAUUCCUUUGUAUAAUUUAUAUUUGGAUCAAAACAUGUUAACUUUCAUUAUGAGCUGUUUAAAAUGUUACAGUUGAGCUAUUUUUCUCCUGUUUUCUCUUCUUUCGCCCCUUGUUUUAUGCACUGCCUCACAGUUUCAUAUAUUUUAAAACUUAUUGCUACAUAAUGUAAGUUAAAAUGUUUUGCAGUCACAUCACUGUUGUUAAUUUAAAAAACUUUAAAAUAGAUACAUUGAAGUCAGUUGGUCUUUUAUAUUGAAGGAUGCUUCUGAAACCACCAGGUUGAAAUUUAUUUGAAGAAAGAGCAUUUAUUUGAAUAACAAUUUUAAAUUAUAGUUAAUUCUAUCUUUAAAAUAUUUCCAGCUGAAUUAUGCAUUCUCAGUUUUAAUGAUGUACUUUUUCUUAAUGCUAUUAAAAAGUACACUGCAUUAAAUGGUCAAAUUAGAUACUUCAUGUUUUCUCAAUUGUAUGUUACAGAAACAAAAAUGCAUUGCCUUCUCAAAUUCAGUUUUUAUAGCAUAAUCAUGCUGUGUGUGCCAAUAUCUUUUAAGAUAGCAAAUAAUGCUCAUUCACUUGUAUAUUUUAAAAACUAGUUUUAAUAUUUCCAGAAUUAGUAGAGUAGAUUCAUUCUUAGAGUAAUAUUAACAAAUUCUUUUUUAGUUGAAAAUAUCUAGAAUUGUUCUAAAAGUAUACAAAUAAUCUAUUUUACAAUGAAAUAAUCUAUUUAAAUGCAUAUUAUGUAAUCCCUUAUUAUAUUGCACACUUAUCAAUACCAGGAAUGAUGACAUUAAUUGAAGUAAUAACAAUAAGUAUUUCUGUAUGUUGAAAAAUGUUUUAUAUUGUUGAUAACUGGAAUUCCGGAUUUUUUACUUUCUCAAAUCUGGUAUUUUGAUAUUUAUGAAAUAUAGACUCAUAUUUUUCUCAAAUUUAUUUUAGAACAAAUACAGUCAGAGAUUAUAAAAAAAUUUAACUUAAAUGUAAAUUUCAGUGAGAAAUAAAUUUCUUGUAUAUGCUAAUUGACUUUGUGCAGAUAAGAUAUAUAUAUCUUAUACAAGAAAGUUAUUCUUGCUCUUUGUGUUAUACAGAAGAAACUCAUGAAGUUUUGCCAGAAGUAUUCAGGCUAAAAGAAGAUGGAAAGUAAAAAUAUUCAGUAUUAACAAAUCUGAUUAAAUUUGUUUUAAUUUGCUUUCUUAGAUCCAUGGUUAAAAUUUCAUUUAUUCAUAUGUUUGGUAAUUAUGGCAGAAUGUAGAACACCCUUGAAUAUUGGUAACCCAGGUGCUGUUCCGACACUGAAAUAUUAUUUAUUUUCAUUGCACAAAAAUAUGUAGCUUUUGGAUCAAUUUAUAAAGAUGUUAAGGAUAAUUUAUUGAAUAACUGAACAUUCUGCCGAAAUUUUUUACAGGCCAUGAACCAUUCUUUUGCAUCUAGCAGUUUCACACCUACAACACCUAUUAAUAUGCAUUCUUCAAGUUCUAAUCUAAUACUUAUUUAAAAAGUUAAGUGGAAAGUCAUGGUAUGCUUCAAAAUAUCUUGCUGAUCUACUAAAUCCAUCUCACAUUCAACAUGAAACGAACCAUUAGAAAUAAAAUGAAGAAACAUAGUAAAUAAUUGCAUGAAAAAGUGAAAAACAGUGCAUACCAAAAAUAAAAAUUACAAAUGAAAAGAAGAAGAGAAGUAUUUACAUCUGUCGCCGCAUUAUUUUCAGGGGGCUGAUAUAACAAAAAAAAAAAAAAAAAAAAAGGAAUAUAUAUAUGUAUAAAUGUAGCAGUUUCCAGAAAUUAAACUAUCCUCCUCUUUCUAAAAAAAAACAAAAAAGAAAGAAAGAAAAGAAAAAAACCAAAGUUUACAGUUGUUUUCACAAAGGUCAGAUUAAGUAAAAUAAGUAGCUGUGUGAAACGAUGUAGUGAAACAUAAAUUAAUUUUGAAUAAAUUAAAAAAUAAUUUUUGAUUCGCUCAUGAAAUUGUUUGAAAAUAAAUGUGCUCAUAUAUGUAUUUCACAUUAAUAUUCUAAAUUAUUUAAAAUCAUGUCAGGUUUGUGUUGCUUGGUAAUUUUCAGGAUUUUUGGAAUGGGAUCACAAUCACCCCUGUCACAUAAAAUUGGAAAAUCUGUAUGACAUUAAUUUUCUGAUUCAUACAAGAUUUUCAAUGAAGUAUUACUAUAUUGCUUAUUUUAAAUAGUUCACAUUUGGAAAAAAUGAAAAGAAAAGUAUCUGAUAUAGGCACCAUAUAUGACUUUCUUGUAUGGCCUGCUAAAUUGUACACAAUUUUUGCUGCACUUUUCAACUUUUUUCCUGGAGAAUUUCAUUAGAAAUAUAUUUCUCAUUCAAUCAAUUUAGUUCUCAUUUUGUGGUAAGGCAAAACUGCAUAAAAACUCAAAAUAUCUUCAUUAAGAGUUAUAAGUAAAAUUAGAGUUUCUAAGCAAAAGCGAGCAAUUCCGCCACUGGGCAGGAAGACAAAAUUUUCAGUGCAUGAAAUUGAAAGUUAACUUAAGGCCAGACACUGGUUGGUGCACCAACUGACUUAAGUAUUCUGCUUUUCAAAUGCAAACAAAUGGUGGCCUCAUUAGACUUAGUGCCACUUUUAAAUUCUUAAUAAUUCUAUAACUAUUGCAUGCAGAUUAACUUAAGGCAUAAAAACCUUGACUGGAACAGGAACAACUUAAUUCAGUUACUUUUAAAGCAAAAAAUUCACAAUUUACCAACUGUCAUGCAAAAACAUUAUUCAAACAACUAGUUGAAGAUGUAGUGAAAUCUGGAUGAAAAUACAAACCAAGAAAGUAAAGGAUUAAAAAAUAGAAAAUGUUUGUUAUAACUGGUCACUUUUUAAAUUUGAGGUAAAGAAACAGACCCUGUAAGUCAUUUGUAAUUAUAUCAAGGAAAAGUGACUGCAAAUAUUUUAACAGUGCAUGGACUAGCAUUCUAACAGUGCAUCUUAAAUAUACUAUAAAUUUUGUAUCAUUAGCUGAUUUUAUUGAAAACUUUAUUCCAUAUGCUCUAAACUAAAUUAUGAUCAAAGUAAUAUGAUUGUUAAUCAUACACAGUACCAGUGUUUAUAUUCACAGAAAUGCUGUCCUCUUUUAGAUGAGGUCACCAGCCAUAAAAAGUUUCAUUGUAUUUAUUACUGAAUAAAUUUAUUGCUGAAAUAAAUACAAUGAAUUGUAUUGCAGUAAUUACUGUCAGUAAGCAGUGUUAAGUUAUUAAUAUUACAGACUCUAAAUGCAUAAUUUUAUUGAGUAAUUUGUUUUCAGAUAAAUAUCUUUCAUCAAAAGUACUUUAAAAAAAUUUUGUUUCAAGUAUUUUCUGUUCGAAGUUAAACUUUCAUGUUAUAUUCUAUGGUAUUUUCAAAGCAUGCUGUCUUAAAUUCUUCAGAGGAUUUGAUUUCAUUAUCUAAUUCCCAAGCAAGUAUUCCUAUAAAAAUCAUUAUUUGAUUAUUGAACAUAUUUCUUACCACAUAAAACAACUUCAUUGAGGAGCACUAAUAAAAUUAAUGCAAAUUAUAUUUUACAAAAUCCAUGAAUAUUUAUGUAGCACUGGAUAUUCUCUGGGAUAAACCGUGAAGUGUGAUACUGUAUUAAAAUGGGAUUAUUCUUUUCAGUUCAGGACGUCUGGUCAUUUUAACAAAGUGGAAAGAGCUUUAUAUGAAGAAGUAAAAUAGUUCUGAGUAUAGAUUGAAAAACUAUGGAAGAGGUUAUAUAUCUUUUACUUCACCUAUUUGGAAUUUAAAAUUUUCAUCAAUCAUUGUUUAGGCCAGCAGACUGAGAAGGGAUGAAGGGAGCUGUUGUUUUAGUUGCUGCUACUUAUAUAACAACAGUAAAGUAACUGAAAAAUUAUAUCAUUAAUCCAUAGCUAUGUAAACAGGAAAAUGAAGAUAAUUAUGAUGUGAGAAAGGUAAAACUUUAGAAAGAUCAAUCUAGCUGGGAAGACAGGUCUGUCAGUAAUAACAUCUACAAAUGGUUCUUACCAAAUAAUUCAAUAAAUAAUAAUGGAUUAGAGGAGUCAAGCGAGUGUAAAUUAUAAAUAUGUGUUUUGCCCAAACAUAAUAAUGCUACAAUGUCAAUACAAAGAAAUGUAACAUUGGCUUAGUAAGUAAAAAAUCUCAAUAUUAAGUAAUUUAAAAAUGGUUAAAAUAAAAUAUGCAUUCUUAUAAGCUUAUAUGUAUGUGCAUAUCUAACUUGUCUAAUUUGGAUAUUACAAAAUAUAAAUUGGAAAGUGAAGACAAUUUUAAUUCAUAAACAUAUUUUAAUAAUUAUAGAUGAACUCUGAAGGAAACAGAAUAUAAAUUAUUUGUCCAAUAAAUAUAGCUUUAUAAUUUAUAAAGCAUUCACCAUUCAACAUGUAAGUUAAUACUAGGCAAAAAUAUUAUAUAAAAUACUUAGGUGACAUUUAAAUAUGAUGCUUGGUACCAAAGUGAAAGUUUUAUUACAUUUGUAAUUGUAGUUGAUGUCCUUCAUUAGAAACUUUAAAUGACUUUUCUGCACAAUAAUUAAUAUCAUGUUUACAAAUUAAGGAAUGUUUUCUCUUAUGUUAUAAAUUUAAAUCAUUGUGUACUAUUUUACAUAUUUAAUUGCAUCUCUAAAGUAUUCAAAUAAGUUAAUAAGAAUUACAUACAUGAAAUAUAUUUGAUGGUAUUUGAUGUAUUUAUCUUAUCUGCUUUUAUUAUAAUCAUUUUGAGGUUGCUUGGUAUAGUAUGCAUAAUUUGAAAGCAUUUGUUUCAUUUAUAAAUAUAUAAUAAGUAGUAAACUCUAAAACCUUCAAAAGAUCAGAUUAUUUGAUUAUGGAAAAACACAUUAGGACUAUAUGCCUAAUAGUAAAUUCUUCGAUAGGAAACUUUAGUUGGGAAUUUGUCCCAUAUUUGUGUUGCAUAUAAGAUAAAACUUCAUCUAGAUAGCUAGUUUAACAACUAGGAAUAGAAACCAGAAUAAUCUAGUAAAAGUUUUAGCCACUCAACCCUUGGUUAUCCUUCCGAUGGAGUAAAACAACAACAAAAAAACACUACUUAAUAAUAUAUCCACAAAUAAAGUUCUAGAAAUGAAUGAAUGCAUAGCUAUAAAGAUCAGCCAAGCAGUUUGGGGAAAAAACUUUGUACGAAUAAAGAACACAUUUAACAAAAUCAAAGGUAUAUUAAAGUGCAAUAUAGUUGGGAACUAUUACAUUUGCUGUAAUAUCAUAUCUGCCAAGGUGUCAUGCAUAUAAAAGUAUAUAUUUCUACAUUACUUAUUUUCUUCCUGCUGUAAAGGCAAUUGGCAUAGUAUAAAGCAUAGAGCUAUGCAUUAUACAUUUAUUAAUGACUAUAAAUAUAUGCUGUGAUAUUUUAUAAUUUUAAUUUGAUCCAGAACUUUAUUUUGUGCAUUAAAAGGCAGAUAAAAAAGAUACUGAUUUAUUAUUAAAGUAUUAGUUGAAAGUCUUUAAAAAAUAGAUGCAAUCGUUGCCUAGAUAAUUAUCAUUUUAGAUGUAAAAAGAAUGUCAAUCAUAAGUUUUUUUGCACAAGCCUGUAAAAGUAUUAAAUUUAUUACACAGAUAUCAGUUCAGGUGCAUUAUUAUAGUAUUAGUAAGACAUGUACAUAAUAAGAAAUAUUUAUAUGUACAUUUUUAUGAAAUGGGAUAAAGCAGCUAUAUAUAUAUAUAUAUUUGUGUAUUAAAAUAUAUAUCUGUAAAAUUUAACUGAUAUGAAUUGGCAGAUGUGAUAUUAUUUUUCUAAUGUCUUAUAAUUUUGUUACAUCUCCUGAUGACUUGCUCAAAUAACAUGCUCAUGAGUAUAUGAUCAAAAUAAGAAUUUACUCUUUUGAAAUAAAAGACUUAGAAUUUUGUUGAAAUGUUGCUUGUUUUAAUAUUAUUAAAUAUGAAGCUAGUAUCAUUGCCUUUAAAUAUGAUCAUUAAAUAAGCAUGUUAUUGCUGCUUUGAGUGUGUCAUGAAAACAAAGUGAAAUUUUCAAUGUGGGAUUGUGAAACUAUGUUCAGUGUUUCUCUUUACUUGGUAAAAUUUAUUAUAUAAUCUGAUUUUAUUUUUUUACUUGAUGUGGUAAAUAUACAAUAGAAAAGUUUACAUUUUUAUUGUAGCAUUAAAGUCAAAAUGUCAUGUAUAUGAUUUCAAACAUGAGAAUCAUUAAAAUAUAUUUCAGAUAUCAGUAAUCAUAUAAAAUAUCAGUCCUUUAGAAAAUUAAAAGUUUAAAUUGAGUUUUUAUUAGCUAGAUUUUGAUUCAUUUUUUAAAUAUAACUUCUAUAUACAUAUUUGUGAUGUCACUGCCCCUAAAACUUUGAACCAUAUUAAGCAAAUUCAUAUUACUGAAGUGUAAUAAAAAGUACUUCAUUUGUAUAAUUUUAUGAAUUUUCAAAAUGCAUUUUAUUCUUUUCUGAAAUCAUAUGCAGAAUCAUAUUGACCACUCCACCUAAUUUGCUAACCUAAAAUUUUAAAAUAAAUUGCAAAUUCUGAAACUAUAAUAUUCUAUUCUCGGCCAAUUGUCACUUGUUUCAAUUGUACUGUAUUGUUUACAUUCUGAAUAAAUUUGUCAUCCCUUGCUACAUUUUAAAAAUUAUAUACAGUAAAAUGCCUUAAAUUAUGCAGCCUUACAGAAUUCUUCCAGAUUUCAUGUAUUUCACCACCUUUAAAUGUAUGUCUAUCAUUUCUCUAUUCCCAUUGAUUUUUUCCCAAAAGCUUUCCAUUUUCUGCUUAAAAUCUUUGUCUUAUAUAUCAGUCACAGUGGCUGAACAUUUUGAUACAUAUUUUUGUAAUCAAAAUACCCGAUUUUGGCAGUAUGAAUGUGGAUAAUCUGUGUAUAAUCUAUACGGUUACUAGUAAAAUAAAUUGUUAAAAUAAUUGCUU